AAUCCUGGGAAAACGCCAUUGUUGGGCUUUGGCAGGUUUUUCACUUUCGCAACUCGGGCGAAAAAAUUAAAAAGAAGAGUGAGAGAGAGAAUUUAGAUUUCUAGGGCUUGCACUUCGAUACUUCUUAAUCUUUUCUCUGGUGAGAUCUCCGAUUUACUUGUGCUUUUGAAUUCAGAUUCCAAGGUUUUAUUCUUUUUGUUGGCGAAAGCCCAUGGAAGGAGCGGAGCAGUGGAAGAUUCAAUUGGAGCAGUGGAAGAAACAACUGGAGCUGUGGAAGACUCAACUGCAGCAAUGGUUGAACCAGGGAUUCGAACAUAUUCAUCAGAUUCCACCAACGCAGCUCUACGCUGCUGUCGCCGUCUUGUUAUUCACGACCUUUUUGCUCCUACUCAUUCGGGUGCUCAAACGUGCGAAAUCGAAUACUGUUGUGCUCACUGGGCUUUCUGGGAGUGGAAAAACUGUUCUAUUUUAUCAACUUCGGGAUGGCUCUUCCCAACAGGGUACUGUUACAUCAAUGGAACCAAAUGAGGGUACUUUUGUGCUUCACUCCGAAACAGCAAAGGAGGGAAAAGUAAAACCUGUUCAUCUGGUUGAUGUUCCUGGUCAUUCUCGUCUUCGACCCAAACUAGAUGAGUUCUUGCCUCAAGCAGCAGGAAUAGUUUUUGUGGUGGAUGCUUUGGAAUUCUUACCUUACUGUCGUGCUGCUUCAGAGUACCUGUAUGAUAUCUUGACUAAGGCAAGUGUUGUGAAGAAGAAAAUUCCAGUACUCCUUCUAUGCAACAAAACUGACAAAGUGACAGCACAUACCAAGGAGUUUAUCAGGAAACAGAUGGAGAAGGAAAUUGACAGAUUAAGGUCAUCAAGAAGUGCAAUAUCAGCGGCUGACAUUGCAAGUGACUUCACACUAGGGGUACCUGACGAGGUAUUUUCUUUCUCUCAGUGCCAUAACAAAGUUACUGUUGCAGAAGCUUCUGGUUUGACUGGUGAGACAUCUCAAGUGGAACAGUUUAUCAGGGAACAUGUAAGGCCCUAAAAGGAUGUUUUCUCCAAUUUCUUCGAAAGUGUAAUGUUUUUGCUUUUGGAGCUUGUUUGAGUGUUGCAUGCUGUUUGGAAGAGCUCUACGAAGCUGCAGACACCCAAUCGAGUCUCCAAGUAGGAAAAUGUGAGAGGAGAUUUAUUCGGCGAGCAAAUUUACUUGGAGACAAUGACACAAACUAUUAUUGCAUAUGAUGAAAUUAUUGUUUUAAAAGAUC